UGCGCCCCCUCCGCUCUCUGCGGGUCCCGCACACAGCUCAUGCCGGGAGCGACCUGCCCGGGACAGCCAUGGACAGACUGCUGAAGGCGGAGCUGCAAACCUCUCUUCUGCAGGCGUUCGGCCGCUCGGGAGGGGGCUGCAUAAGCCCAGGGCAGAGCUAUGAAACCGACCGUGGCCGAGUGUUUGUGAAAAUCAACGGCAAAGCCCAGGCUAGGACAAUGUUUGAGGGCGAAAUGGCAAGCUUGGAUGCAAUUCAGCAGACCAACACUCUGCGGGUUCCAAAGCCAAUUAAAGUGAUUGAUCUUCCUGGAGGUGGGGCAGCAUUUGCUAUGGAGUACCUGGAAAUGAAGAGCCUCAGCAAAUACUCAGCAAAACUUGGAGACCAAGUAGCAGAUCUUCACCUUUACAAUCAAAAACUUGGAGAGAAAUUAAAGAAAGAAGAAAAGACAGUUGGAAAGGGAGCAGGCUUGAAUGAACCCCAGUAUGUGGAUAAGUUUGGAUUUCAUACAGUCACCUGCUGUGGCUACAUAGCUCAGGUGAAUGAAUGGCAAAGUGACUGGGCCACUUUCUUUGUACGUCAUCGUCUCCAAGCCCAAAUGGACUUGAUUGAGAGAGAUUAUGGAGACAAAGAGGCAGGAGAACUUUGGUCUCAAUUAAAGCCAAAGAUUCCAGAGAUGUUUUGUGACUUGGAGAUUGUUCCUGCCCUGCUUCAUGGGGACCUGUGGGCAGGAAAUGUAGCUGAAGAUGACUCCGGGCCCAUUCUCUUUGACCCUGCUUGUUUCUAUGGCCAUUCAGAAUGUGAACUUGCAAUUGCUAUGAUGUUUGGUGGCUUCAGCAGUUCUUUCUUCUCCACUUAUCAUAGCAAAAUCCCCAAAGCUCCAGGCUUUGAGAAACGCAACAAGCUUUACCAGUUAUUUAACUAUAUUAACCACUGGAAUCAUUUUGGAACAGGGUAUCGAGGAUCUACUCUUAACGUCAUGCGGAAACUUUUAAAAUAAUUAUCAAACAUGCCUCAGAAAUGGUUAACCUGCUUGAAAUCAGAAUAACUGUUUCAAGGAACGUGGGAGGAAACCUAGAAGUUGCCGAAGGCGAGUGUUAAGAUAGCAUUUGUGCAUGGUUGAUUUGUCGCAAAAUGCUGGGUCUUGUAAUUUCUGUAUUCUGUGAUUUUUACCCAACACAUUAACUAGUUUAAUAAAGCAGAAAAAAACACUA